AUGUUUUCAACUGUUUAUGUAACGUUAUUUUACUUAAUUAACAUCUCAUUAACUGAGAAGGUUACGUGGUUACCAAAUACAAAUUUUAAUUCACCAUUGAAUUUUAAGGAUGGCAAGAUCCCUUGCUCAAAACAAAAUGUGAUCUUUCCAGAUACUCUUAAUGGCAUUAUAAAUUUGGAAUCUGAUAUAUCUGUCAACAGUUUUAUUCUGCCCAUGGAUGGAGAAUUGCUUAUAUCAGACGGCGUCAUAAUGCUUGGACCGGGAAAUGAUAAUUGCACGGAGACCGGAAAUGCUUACUUCUUAGAGAAGUCUGUUUCUUCUUGGGCUCAAGCAGGCGUGUGGAGCUCUCCGAAAUUUAAUGAAGCGACGCCUGAUGCAGAACGAGUGCCUUGUUUUGAUGAUGUUGUUGAGUUUCCUGAGAAUUCAGUUUUCACUGUUGUACUACCCGAAAGAGAGCAAGUUGUAAAAAGUGUUAAAAUACGUGGUGUAACCUAUAAUUAUAAUGGAUUAGGAUUUUUAAAGGCGACUCACGAUCCAUCACAACAAUUUGUUUUACCAUUGACUAAUUAUUAUUUUAAUUUUAAUACUGUAAAAAUUAUUAAUAAUGUACAAUGUCAGUCUCGUAGUGGAUGUCCCUGUCAGGAUAAUUUCCUCAAAAUUGACUGUUCUGCAAAGUUUUGUUCAGUGCCUACGUGUAUGGAUCCCAUACAGCCUAUCGGACAUUGCUGUAAAAUAUGUGGUGGUGUUACGGUUUUUGAUGUAGACCAAAGUUUCGAUUUGAUGGAAUUUCAUGAAUUUGUCGAUAAAAUAGUACAGAGUUAUGAUAAAGAUAAACUAAUUGUACAUGUGGGUAGAUUGAAAAACAAAAUACAACUUGUUGUAGUCGAAAAAGGAGAUUAUACUGGAAUGAGUGCUGAAGUUGCAUAUUUUAUUGACCGGUGGUUACCAAAACACUGGGGGAAUGGAUUGAGGCAAACUCUCAUAAGCGGUAGUCCAAGAGAUAGUUAUGGACAGAGUGGAAAAAUUAUUUAUUUAUCAAUACUCUGUGUAGUUUUAGUUUUCACAGGUAUUUAUCUUUAUUAUUACAAAUUACCAGCCUUGAGAUAUCCCCUAAUUGGUGGAAUAGGUCUAUCAAGGUAUCAACGUCGAAGCGAUAGUGUCGUCUCAUUAACGCGGAGAGAUUCUAUUGUUUCAACUGGUACUCAAAGAAGAGCUGCUUUUAGGAAUCCAUUGUAUGAUUCAAGAAGAGGUCGGGUUAUAGUUGAGGAAACCUCUAGUGAUUAUUAA